AUGGCUGCAACAGACGAAGCACCUCCGGCCAUCCUGACACCAGGUGGUGAGCGUGGUUUGACUGUGAACGAGAAGGUGAAACACGUGGGCAGUCCCGUGCUGGCCAACAACGCCGCUCUCAGUUGGUACACAGAGCGGGCAUACCUGGAUGAUCGCUACGCUCGGUGGACGACACACGGCAACCGAGACUUUCUACGCGCCCUAACUCGAAAAGCAACGCAAUCAAGGUACUUUGCUCGUGGCUUCCCCAAUUCCUGGAACAACUCUGAGGAUAUGUGGAGCACCUUCCAAGAGGGUUACAGCCCGCAGACCUGGAGAGGCACUACCAGCUCGGCCAUGGAGGGCUUCCAGCAGCUGGUGCCCAACCAGGUGCCAGCAUGCGUGCGGACGAACACCGACCGAAGCAGGAAGCUGCCAAGCCGAGGUGCUGACCAUCUGCAGGUCUUCAAACGUAUUGUUCAAUUGUUUCACUCACUGUUUGUGGCGCCUUCGUGCUAG